AUGGGCCAGUCAUUAGGUUUGAAGGACCAAGAUGGAAAGCAGCACAAGUAUGGUUCGAGAAGGGUUCCAAGGCCCAAUUUGCAUGGUGAUGGAGGCAAAUCAAUUAGCAUUAGGAUGGGGAAGCGAGAAAAACAUGAAAUUACACCAUCUCCAUCGCGCAGAACUCCUGUACGUCGUGGAAUUUCUCUACGGAAGCGUUCUCGGCCUUCCUCCCUGCAGAACUCGCCAGUUGAUAAAAAUGGUGGCACAACGGAGGAAACCUUAGUAGAUGGAAGCAUGGCAGGUGCAGUGUCAGGGGGUUCGAAGGUGGCAAUUAUUGAGGAUCAGAGUGUGCCAGUACCACAGGACAAACCACCUAUUGAGAGUGUUACUGUUGAGGUUCAAUUUGAUAAUUUAAUUUGGAGGUGUAGUGGUAUUUAUGGCAGUCCUCAAUUUAAUAAAAGGGUUCUCCUUUGGGAUUAUCUUGUUGCACAAUCCAUGAUUUUUCAAAGACCUUGGAUUGUUCUUGGUGAUUUUAAUGAAGUCAAAUUUUCUCAUGAAUCUAAGGGCUGUCAAUUUUCUCAUCAAAGAGCAGACAUGUUUGCUACUUUAUUAGGGGAUACUGCUUUGUUUGAUCUGAAGACUAUUGGGAGGCGGUUUUCUUGGCUUCAGUCUGAUCAUUGCCCUAUUCUGGUGCGUUGUAAAAGUCGUCCUCAGCCUAAAGGGAAUCGACCCUUCCGAUUUGUUGCUACUUGUGCUACUCAUCCUGGGUAUAGGGAUAUUGUGAAUCAGUCAUGGUGGUCUAGUAAUAGAGGGAUUCAUGGCAAGCUUUCGGAAGUACAGAAGAAUUCACUAGAGUUUAACUCGAAGUUAUUUGGUAACAUUUUUGUUAAGAAAUGUGAAUUAGAGCAGCAGAUUAAUUAUUUACAAAAGCAUUUGGAAGUGGUGGAUAGUAUUUAUUUGCGUCAGAAAGAGCAACAUUUGCUUGAUGAUUAUAAUAAUAGUCUAGUGCAAGAAGAGCUCCUAUGGUUCCAAAAGUCUAGAGAGCAGUGGGUAAGGUUCGGGGAUAGGAAUACAAGAUUCUUUCAUAUUCAAACUCUUGUGCGAAGGAAGCAUAAUAAGAUUCAUAGCCUUUUUCUCAAGGAUGGAGUGUGGAAAACUGAUCCAGAGGUUCUGAGUCAAGAAGCAGAGUCUUUCUAUAAAAGCUUAUUCUGUCAUUUGGAUGAUGUUGAUUUGGGUUGUCUUGAUGAUGUGCCUCUUCCUUCUCUGAAUGAGGAAGCUUGCAAUAAUCUUACGGCACCAGUUACUAUGGAGGAAGUCAGAACAACUGUUUUUCACAUAAACUCUUUUAAAGUUUUGGGUCCUGAUGGGUUUCAAGCUUUCUUCUUCAAAGAAUAUUGGGAGAUUAUUGGUCUUGAUGUUUGGAAGAUGGUUAAGCAGGCAUUCUUCGGUGUUACUCUUGAUCCGAGAAUGUUGGAGACUUUACUGGUUCUUAUUCCAAAGGUUGAAUCACCGGUAUCUAUGAAAGAUUUCAGGCCGAUUAGUCUCUACAAUGUAGUUUACAAGAUCAUCACGAAGGUCCUUGUUAAUAGGCUUCGUUCUCAUAUUGCGGAGAUUGUUGGCCCGCUUCAAGGAGGAUUUAUUCCAGGAUGA